GCAUUCGUUUUCGCUCGUUUUCGUUUUCACUCGUUUUCGUUUUUACUCGUUUUCGUUUUCACAAGUACAUUGUCCAAGUCCCGAACCAAGUAGACCCAAGGACCAGACCUGACCUGACCUGAAGAAUGUUCGAUGGUCCAGCAUCCAGGCUACUCCAAUACCGAGAUAUCGGUGUUUAUAAUAAGAGGUUUGUCCAAACAGAACCGAACCAUGGAAGCAUCAACGGACCAUGGAUACCUUUGGGAUUUGAUCGACAUUUCGGGGAUUUGGUAUGGAAUACUCGGUACUUUGGGAUCACCCACCAUCACCACUGACCUAGUAGUAUUAUUUCUACAGGGCUAUUUGCAUGAAUCGAGCAGUUAAAGGAUUCAAAGGCAGAACGAUGCCUGCAGUCCGUAUGUAACCCAGGGUUUAGUUAUUGCAGAGCAUUCGGG